AUGACAGAAGAAGACGAAGGCGGAUUCAACGAUAAGAUCAACAGAAUGGUUCGACAGUGGGAGACUGAAUCCGCUCUGCCUGAAGAUAUCAACACGAGACAUGUGAUAAUUCGAAACGGCUUCGUACUUGACCCAGAGGAUGGUUUGCUGAUGAAGUAUCUACACAAAUUCGGAUGCUUUAUCGGUGGUCCUAUUUCGCGUCAUGGGCAAAAUCCUUUGAACUGGGUUCAUAAAGACGAUUUGGUGUCGCUUUACGCCUUCGCUGCCGAAAACAGUCAUGUUAAUGGCAUUCUGAAUGGUGUGGCCCCAAGCCUGAAUAAUCACUACGAUUUAUGUGCAGCUAUGAAAGAAGUGACGAAGAAGCCAAACUGGUUUUCUCUUCCGAGAAUGGCACAUGAGUAG